GCGAGGCGCGGGGCUGCUGUCGGCUUCAGCUGUUCUGAACUUUCUUCAUUUAGUCAGAUCGAACUAUGGCGCCUAGUGAGGAAGAUGGUUUGGUGGAAGAGAAGGAAAGUAAAAAGAAGCAUUUGAGUCCGCUGGCUACUGCCUGGCUCACGUUCUAUAAUAUUACCAUGACAGCUGGGUGGCUGGUACUGGCUGUGGCCAUGAUACGUUUUUCUUACCAAAAAAGAACACACAAGGGAUUGUACAGGAAUAUACAAAAGACACUCAAGUUCUUCCAGACUUUUGCAUUGCUAGAGAUUGUGCACUGUGGAAUAGGUAUAGUACGAACUUCAGUGCUUGUUACUGGGGUCCAAGUCCUGUCCAGGAUUUUCAUGGUGUGGCUUGUUGUUCACAGUAUAAGACCUAUACAGAAUGAAGAGAGUGUCGUUCUUUUCCUGGUCACUUGGGCAGUGACAGAGAUUACCCGAUAUUCUUAUUACACAUUCAAUCUGCUCAACCAUUUGCCUUACUUCAUUAAAUGGGCCAGAUACAACCUCUUCAUCAUCUUGUAUCCUGUUGGUGUGGCUGGUGAACUCCUUACAAUUUAUGCUGCUCUGCCAUUUGUAAAGAAAUCUGGCAUAUAUUCUCUGAGACUUCCGAACAAAUAUAAUGUUUCAUUUGACUACUAUACUUGUCUUAUUGUUGUGAUGAUUUCAUAUAUACCACUUUUUCCACAGCUGUAUUUCCAUAUGCUUCGUCAAAGGAGGAAGGUGCUGCAUGGAGAGGUGAUCAAAGGAAAAGAAGAUUAGACCAGUUGUGAAAUUCUCUCAGGAUCAUUAGAUUGUUUAAAUCACAUUUACACUGAUGUAAAUUUAUAUUCAAUCGGAAUUACAGUAGAUUUAAACCAAAGACACUAAAUAAAUGUUAUGAAUUUGCUGAAUUUUGGUCAAUUUAAACUGAAGUAAUCUGAAUUACUAUUCAGAUUGAUUGAAACUUGUCUGGAUAUGGGUCUGAAUUAAACAGCUUGAAAUAGAUAUGAAAUUGAAUUCAAUGUGAAUAAUCGAUUUUCAUGCCAUGAUACCCCUAUUACUUGUAAUAGCUAUGCACACUUUGGGAUGAGUUGUUACCUUUGAUACAUAUGCCUCAACUAUCUAGCAGUACUAAUGCUAAUUAUCAAAAAAUUGAUCAAUUUGAUCCAAAUGGAAUUUGAACUACAUGUGUAAAAAGGUUUGAAGGCCAACAACCAAAAACCUGAUGUGAUCUAUUCAAGAUUUAUUUGUUACAAAAGCCAUAGAACCAAAAUAACAGCUAGACAAAGUGUGGAUUACUUGGUGAAACUGUACAACCCAUAAUUUUGUAAUUACAUAUUAAUCAGAUGCUAAAUUUUGUAGUAAAUUGGAGUCUAGCAGAAUAAUUAUGCAUUUCUUCUCCAAGAGUGACUAUUUUUGCCUCAUUCACUGUGGCAAUCAAUCAUUCAGGUUUGAUUUAAAGUUGUAGCAUCAUUCCAGUGUGUAGUUGAAAGCUCCUUAAUUUAUAUUACAGUCUAGACAGGGCAAGACCACUUUCAGGCAUACAGGGAGAAUGCUUUCAUAACCACUGUAUGGAUAGUGCCUGUAGGGAAUUACUAAACAUGCAAACUAUAUUGUCAUUUUUAAUAGAUCCAUCAUUUGUAUUGCAAAUUUCUAAAGUAGUUUUGAAAACAAUUUGCAGCUUUGAUGCUAUAGAAAUUACCAUUUUGUAUUUCAAUUAUUUUGUAUAGGAAGUUUAACUAUAUUUUAAGAAAAGUAUACAUGCCUAUGACUACUGAACAUCUUGCAAAAUUAAGUAGUGACAAAAUUUUAUUUCAGGCCAGCAACAAAAGAGCUACAUUAAAUGUAGAUGUGAGCAUCUAAGCCCAACAGCAGAAAAAAUCAUGGCCAUUUCUGGAAUUGUGUUUUAUUGCGUGUGGCAAUGCUGUUGAGAAGAUGAACAUUGUGUAUAUUGUCUGAUUGCUAUCCUGGCAGCUCAAAUUUUAAAGACAAAGUACAUUCAGAAAGAUUUCUUGAUGAAUUUUAUCCCUGUUGUGAUUUAUCCUGGUUUCGGACCUGAGUUUGAGAAUACUCUGUUUAAAUUAGAAAUUUUAUUCUCAAAUCAUACAGCAAACUUUACAAUGUAAAUAUAAAAUUGCUGGAGACGCUCAGAUCAGACUAGCUCCAUCAAUACUGCAUAGUUUAUUUCUUGAAUUGACUCUGUCCGUAGCUUGAAAUUAUAUAGAGACCAAGUGCUUCAGAUUUUUUAAUGUAUAAAAUAAACUAAAGUGAAUCAGGAUUGCUAUCACUGACAUAUGUAAUGAAAUUUCUUGUUUUGUGGCAACAGUAUAGUGCAAAACAAUAACUACUAUAAGUUUAAAAAUAAGUUAGUGCUAAGAGUAAUAGUGAGGUAGUGUUCAUGGACCAUUCAGAAAUCUGAUGGUGGAGAAGAAACUGGUCAAUAAAAACUUAAGUUUACUGUGUUUAAAAAUAGAGCCUGUCUUUCCUAUCUUGUAUGGUUACUUUAGAACUAUUUAUAGAAGUAAAUUUAACAUUAAAUGGUAAUUGUGAAUAAACUACCUAGCUCAUCUGUUCCAUGUGUAUAGGAAUAGUGGGUCUUUUGGCUAUUUCUAUGAUUUGUUUUUGUUUGAUGGCUGUAUGUGGGCAAGUUGAUAGUAAUCCUUGUAAUCCUUGUAAUUCAUGAUGCCUCUUGGACAAGUUCUGAAUUUUGAAGUGGCAAGUUAAAGAUGACUGACAAGCAAAGUACAAAACCAUUCUAAAUUUCCACUGAAAUAGAAAAAAGUAAAGUGUCUGAACAUAAAGCCUUUUUAAGAUGUACAUUAUUAAUGCAUAGCUCAUUUCAUAUGACAGCUUUUAUAUAACUUGCUGUCCGAUCUCCACUAAGUUGCAGAUUACAUGUUAGAGUAUAAUUUGAUUUCUAGUGUAAAAGCUAAUUACCCGUCUCAAAACAUGUCAAAGGAACAGUGGGAUUGGCAAAUUGUGAUCAUAUCUGAACUCCGUGGACUGGGAUUUGAUUUUGUUGAAGAUGCUACUUCCAGCUGACACCGUUACACUGCCCGAGUACAGUAUUCUAAGACUUGCUUGACUUGUGCAGUUUUCAUGCUGGUCUGAAAAGGGCUGAAAAUUGAACACAAUAAACCUUGGGCAUUUCAGUGUCAGUUCUGACGAUAGGUCUCCAUCCUGAAACAUUGACUCUGUUUCUCAGUUGAAUAUUUCUUUUUUGAGUUUUUUUUUCAAGCCUUGGGCAAUGCCAGUGAAAAAUGUGUGGUUGAUGGUUGGAAAUUGUUUUGCUGAGGUUGUUUUUAAACAGUGACUUUUUAGUAGGAAUUGAGAUGAAUUUUAAUUUAGAGUAGAUUAGUCUGGUAAUUUAAUUUUUUGCCCAAGAAAGGCAGGAAGAAACUGUUAAUAUUACUAAUAGGACUUGUUUUAUUAUUACUGGUCCAAUUCCCAAAGCACAGAAAAGCUACUGACAGGUUUACAUUGAAUGCCAUUUGACUUUUGUCAGCUACUUGUUCACAAGGUCAUACAAAAGAGGAGCCCAAGGUAAGAAAGGUCUCUUACACCUCUGUGGCUUGAAAAAACAUUUUUGUUCCUAUCUCUAUGGAGGAAGUUUUCUGAUUUAUCAAAAGUGUUUCUUCUGCCUUAGUAAUUACUGUUGCUAGCCUUCUGUCUAUUAGAAAGAGCUACACCAAACUUAAUUAGUAUUUCAGCAGAAUGUUGUCAAAAUGUCAUUUUUCUGGAUGAAUUUGAGGUCCUACUAUAUGCUUCUGCAAGGCAUCAUUGGGAAUAAAACUGAGUCAGAAAUAGUAGUAAUGCUCAUUUGAAUGGGUAAGAUUUGAAACUGACUCCAUUGACUUAGCUGCAGUUGAAUCACUAUUGGUCAAUGUAUGCAGAACAAUUAGAUGACUCCCAAUAUAUUUGAUUUAUUGUCUUCUGCAGUUUAUUUUCUUGUUUGCAAUUUCUGUGAAUAGUUAUAUAUGUUUUAUUUCACCACUCAAUGUACAUCUUGAAAGCUCCCUUUGAAAAAUAAUUUGGAUCACUGUCCAUUCAAAAUGGGGCCUGAAAAGAUGAUAAUUUUAGAAGUGUUUACAUUUUAUUUGUACUGAUAGGUUUAUUUCUCACUUACAAAUGGGUGCUAAUUAAAUAACUGAGUUUAAAUCUGUAUUUAUAAUUUAUGCAGCUAAACCUGAGGUUAUUACCUCAAAAUGUGCAAUACAGGUUGAAGUGUUAAUACUUGUCUAAUUCUGGACACUUUAUGGAAAUUUUAAAAUGAAGUUACCAAAGACAAUUUCAAAUGGUUUCAUAUUUUAUCUUUUAUGCAGCUGCGUAGUCCAGACAUUUUAUUAUAACUGUAAGCGUUACAGCUGUUCCCCUUUAAGUGCAUGUAUUUAUUUACAAAGUAAUAGUAAAAUUGAUUAAAAAGUUUGCAUUGUGUUUAUUUAACUGAUUUAAUUAAGUAAAAAUCUUUUGAAAAUGAAAGGAGAUAACGCUACAUCCUCAAGCCUGCAAUUAAGUACAAAUGUAAAACUGAAAAUGUGCCUCCAAAAAUCAUGUGAAAGUGCUGUAUACAAGGGACUGCCUCUCUUUCAGUUUACAGUCAGAUCUGAGGCUGAAUCUAUUUGAAAAUACUGGAGUUAGGAUGUUACUUUGAGAAGUAUAUAAGAGUUAAAUUAAUUUGUUAUGUUCAAUAUGUCUGACAAUUUUAAUGGAAAACUUGUAUAUUUUGAAGCAAACUGUCUACAUAUUUUUACAUUUUCUUCCAGCAUUGAUUAUACUUGAACUGAACAGUCAAGUGCAAAUCCCAGGGUUCAAAAUUGGAGAAACAGUAAAAGGCAAAACAAAAAGCAAAUCUAAAACAGGAUAAAUUUUCAAUUAUUUCUUCUGCAAUUUGUUUCUUUUUACUUUUAAAUUUACAUCUCUCUUGAAUACUCUUAAUAUUGGAUUAUGUGUAAAUCCAUUGACAGCCAGUGUUUUAGUAUGCACUUCUCAGUACUUUUCAUCUAAAAUAAUAUCCAAAAAUAUUUGAAUAUUAUGAUUUCAACCUAAACUGCUGAGUGCUGCAACCACUUGGUAAAAUUACUAGCAAUGGCUAAUUUGGGAUACAUUUGCUGUUUUAUUUUUAAUUUCUUUUAAGAGCUUGGAAUGUAGAUAGGAGAAAAACUAUUUUGUAUUGAGCAAGCACACAACUGAACAUACACU